UGGUCAAAAAACGAAGAAGAGAAAGCGCGAUAGAAAAAUGCUAUCCGAAAAAUAUUAAAAAUCCCCGCCUUGUGCAAGCCUUGUUCCUGCUGUUUCCUUGGCCUCCUGCCAACAAAUCGGGCGGUAAGAUCCAAGGAGGCAAUUUCCUCUACCCGCGGCUGCCAAGCAAAUCGCAACUCGCAAGAACAAGAAUAAAAUCCCCCCACUCCGCAUCUGCUUCAUCGCCACCCAGCCAGUUGCCGCGCUUCCGGUGCCGGAUCGAAGCGAAGGUGUUUGUGAUUGUUGGAUUCAGGCCACCGUUACCCUGUCGAUAAAACCGAUGCUUCGCCUCGCAAACCCUAGCAGCUGCCUAUAGCGUCCGUCGGGAGCGUGUACGUCUUCGACCCGCCGCCAUGUCGUGGCUGGAGAUGUGGCUGCCUUACGCUGGCGAAGGGGCGGCCGGGGGGCUGUUCCUCGACGGUGGCGACGCGGCGGCGCACGGCGCGCUCCUCGCGGCGAUGCCCGGCUGCUCGGCGUCGUUCGGAGUGCCUCGGCGGCGGCGGCGGGGGACGUCUCCGGGGUUCCUCUCGAUGACGAUUUCGGUCAAGGGGGGCAGGGGGCUCGUGUCGGCCCCGGUGGGGCUGCUCGCGAGCGGGGAGGAGAAGGGCGGAGCGGAGGAGGCGGAUGGGUUGAUUGCGGGGAGGAGGGACGAGGAGGUGGUAGUGGAUGAGGAUGGGAAGUUGGCGAAGAAGGAGGCUCGUUCUGGAGCGGGCGCCAUGAACACGACGAAGCAUCUCUGGGCGGGAGCCGUCGCUGCCAUGGUCUCGAGAACAGUUGUUGCUCCUCUUGAGAGGUUAAAGUUGGAGUAUAUAGUUCGUGGUGAGCAGAGGAAUCUAUUUGAGCUUAUCCAAGUGAUUGCAUCAACACAAGGGUUGAAAGGCUUUUGGAAAGGGAAUUUUGUCAACAUCCUCCGUACUGCUCCGUUUAAGGCAGUUAAUUUCUAUGCAUAUGACAGUUACAGAAAGCAACUGCUCAAAUGGUCCGGUAAUGAAGAAACUACAAACUUUGAGAGGUUUAUUGCUGGUGCUUCUGCUGGCGUUACAGCCACGAUAAUGUGCAUACCCAUGGAUACGAUUAGGACAAAGAUGGUAGCACCUGGUGGUGAAGCUUUAGGUGGGGUUAUUGGGGUUGCCCGCCACAUGAUCCAGACUGAAGGAAUUUUCUCGCUGUACAAGGGAUUAGUGCCUUCACUUAUUAGCAUGGCGCCCUCUGGUGCUGUAUUCUAUGGAGUGUAUGACAUAUUGAAGAUGGCUUAUCUGCAUUCCCCAGAAGGAAAGAAGAGGAUAUCAAUGAUGAAGCAACAAGGUCAAGGUGCAAAUGCAUUAGACCAGCUUGAAUUGGGUACUGUUAGGACCUUACUCUAUGGGGCUAUUGCUGGUUGCUGUGCCGAAGCCGCUACAUACCCUUUUGAAGUAGUUAGGAGGCAGCUACAGUUGCAAGUCAAAGCAACGAAGAUGAAUGCACUUGCAACUUGCCUUAAGAUUGUUGAUCAAGGUGGAGUACCGGCACUUUAUGUUGGCUUGAUCCCGAGCUUGUUACAGGUUCUGCCGUCGGCAUCUAUCAGCUAUUUUGUAUACGAGUUGAUGAAGAUAGUCCUGAAAGUGGAAUGAGUGCAGACUAAUUCUUGAGCUCAUGUAGCAAGUUCACGGGACUUAGCUGACAUCGCCUUGAUAAAAGUGCAAGCAAUCAGCAUUUAUCAUUUUUCCGGUAGGCAUACUUCACGAAAUCUUUAGAGAUUGUGAGUGUAGCUUCGGUUUGGCCAAAGCGUUAUUCAUUUGAAGCCUUGCACCGCAGUAUUACCUCCUUGUACACGAGGUCUUCCACACCUCCAAGUGAAUCGCUCAUCUAUAGCAGAUUGAGCUUGUGCCUGAGUGAAAACUUGUGGGGCAACUUGCCCUUGAAAUUUCAGUUAACAAGUUCUCAAUUUUCAAUUUUUGAUA